CGCUGGUGUGUGUGUGGCAGAUACAAGCCGCGGCCCUGCAUGCGCCAUCCUACCACCAUGGGCAUCCGUAAGAAGAACAGCAAGACCCCGCCGGUGCUCAGCCACGAGUUCAUUAUCCAGAACCAUGCGGACAUCGUCUCCUGCCUGGCCAUGGUCUUCCUGCUCGGCCUUAUGUUCGAGAUUACAGCAAAGGUGGCUGUCAUGUUUGUCACACUCCAGUACAAUGUCACCAUUCCAGUAGAAGGGGUGCUUGGAGAACCCACUUCGCUGUACCAUUAUGGCAUCAAAGAUAUGGCCACUGUAUUUUUUUACAUGCUGGUGGCAAUAAUACUACAUGCAGUUAUACAAGAAUACGUAUUAGAUAAAAUCAACCGGCGUAUGCAUUUUUCCAAGACAAAACACAGCAAGUUUAAUGAGUCUGGACAGCUAAGUGCAUUUUACCUGUUCUCUUGCAUUUGGGGAGCAAGCAUUAUUGUCUCAGAGAAUUAUUUUUCGGAUCCAAUAAGCCUGUGGAAAGGGUAUCCUCACACAUACUUUCCAUUCCAGAUGAAGUUCUUCUACAUUUCCCAGCUGGCUUAUUGGUUUCAUGCUUUUCCAGAGCUCUACUUUCAGAAAACGAAAAAGGAAGACAUUCCCAGGCAGCUGGUCUACAUUGGUUUAUACCUCUUCCAUAUUAUAGGAGCUUAUGUUCUCAACCUCAAUCGCCUGGGUCUGGUACUGCUAGUUCUGCAUUACUUUGUAGAAUUCCUGUUCCAUAUGUCACGUCUGUUUUACUUCAGCAAUGAGAGAUACCAGAAAGGGUUUACUGUGUGGGCCGUUCUCUUUGUCCUUGGGCGCCUCCUCACUCUUAUCCUUUCUGUUCUUACUGUCGGCUUUGGACUUGCACGGGCUGAAAAUCAAGAGUUGGAUCUGAGUAAUGGAAAUUUCAACAUUUUGGCCAUCAGAAUCACCGUGUUGGCAUCUAUUUGCAUCACCCAGGCAUUUAUGAUGUGGAAGUUCAUUAAUUUCCAGCUGAGACGAUGGAGAGAGCAUUCAUCUCCUCAACCCUCCUCUCAAAGGAAGAAGGCGACCUCUGCUAAAGGCAAAGCUUCACGUAAAGAAAAAGAAAAUGGAGUGAAUGGAACAGUAACAUCAAACGGAGCAGAUUCUCCUCGCAGCCGUAAAGAAAAACAUUCAUAAAGAGAAUCCUUUUCUACCCAAGAUCCUCUGUUCCCAAAGAGAUGUUGCCUUGUGCUGUACACAGCCCCGCAGCACUACAAUUCUUACUGUUACAACAAAUAAUGCAAUGUGUUUCUACACAACAUCAAUUUCCAAACUGUACAGGGUUGUUUUCCUCACCCCCCUCGACAUUCGUUUAAUGGUACAGCUCUAAGGGUAAUACUAUACAGGUGUUUUCAGCGCGACCCGACGCGCUGUGCAAAAACGCAGGCGUCAAAUCAGAUGCUAUGGAAAUAAGGUAAGAUAUACAAAUGUCUGAAGAAGUCGCAGCGUUGAUCCGACGCGACUGUCGGAUGCAGACGCAGCGUCUGCAUCCGAUGGUCGUGUUGCGUCGGAUCAAUGCUGCAACACCAUCCGACAAUGCUAUUGCUUACCUUAUUUCUGUUGCAUCCGACUUGAUGCUUGCGUUUUUGCGCAUCGCGUCUGAUCGCACCGAACACGCCCGUAUAGUAUUACCCUUAGGGGGUUAUUUACUAAACUCCGAAUGCAAAAAUCACGAAAAAUUCAUGAUUUUUUUAAUAAAAUUUGAAAAAUCUGAAAAAAAAAAAAAGUUUUCGGAAUUUAUUAAACCCAGAGGAUGGAAAAACCCGAAUCUGAAAAUCCGGCAUCUCAGACCUGUUGAGGUUGCAUAUAAGUCAAUGGGAGAAGUCCCAAUGAUUUUUUGAUGUGCGCUGGGUUUUUGGCAAUACCCCGGAGUUUUCGGGCGCAAAAUCUGAAAAUUUUUUGAAAAUCGGACGAAAGAUCCGAAAAAAUCAUGAAAAUCGGAUGAAAGAUCCGAAAAAAUUGUGAAAAUUGGAUUUUUCAAGAUUUUUUCCCCGCAAACAAAAUUUUCGGAAAAGUUUAUUAAUAAAUAAGCCCAAAAAA